AUGACCAGUACCGCGAGCCGAACUUUCGCAGGACCACCCCUCAAUCCAAGACCGCAAUCAUCGAGCUCCGAGACGUCCUUCCGGCCAACACCUCCAGGCUCGAGUCCGUCGCCUUCCUCUGCGUCCAGGAUGUCGCGGCGUGGGCAGGAUCCUUCCGAGCUGGCCGACGAGCUGGCAUCGACCGACAUCAGUGCCUCAACCAAUCCUCACACGCCGCGCAACAACAACAACAAUAACAACAACAACAAGAGGAAGCAGUCCUCCCCGAUGAUGCCUGCAUUCAUGGUCUCUGCGCCAGGCAAGGUCAUUGUGUUUGGAGAGCAUGCAGUCGUCUACGGAAAGUCUGCGAUUGCGGCCUCCAUCUCCCUGCGAUCCUACCUCCUCGUCACAGCGCUCUCGAAAUCCAACCGAUCGAUUACCCUCCGCUUUCCUGACAUUGCGCUGUCGCACACCUGGAAUAUCGAUGAUCUCCCCUGGGACACCUUCUCGCAACCGGGCAAGAAGAAGUACUACUACGACCUGGUCACCGAGCUCGACCCCGAGCUGGUGGCGGCGAUGAAACCACACCUGGCGGGCGUCUCCUUCGAUGCGCCUGAUGAGGUGCGCAAGGUCCAUCAAAACUCCGCUUCAGCCUUCCUCUACCUCUUCCUCUCGCUCGGCUCCCCGUCUUUCCCCGGAUCCAUCUACACCCUCCGCUCGACCAUUCCGAUUGGUGGCGGACUCGGGAGCAGUGCAUCGAUCUGUGUCUGCCUUGCUGCGUCCCUCCUCUUACAACUUCGCACGCUGUCCGGACCGCAUCCCGACCAACCAUUUGAGGAAGCACGACUCCAGGUGGAGCGCAUCAACCGGUGGGCUUUCGUGGGGGAGAUGUGUAUCCAUGGGAACCCCUCGGGCGUUGAUAACACCGUCGCGUCGCAAGGAAAGGCCGUGGUGUACCGGAGGUCCGACUACGCGAAACCACCGGAUGUGCAACCUCUCUGGAACUUCCCCGAGCUACCGCUCCUGGUGGUGGACACGAAGCAACCCAAAUCUACGGCUUUCGAGGUGGCCAAGGUUGCGACGCUGAAGAGAACACACCCGCACAUUACAGAAUCCGUCAUCCACUCGAUAGAUAUGGUCUCCGAGGGCGCGAGGGAGCUGAUUUCACACGAGAAUUUCGACAGCCAGGAACUCUCGAGCUUGGAACAGCUGGGCAAAUUGAUGACGAUUAACCACGGACUCUUGGUUGCGUUGGGGGUGUCGCAUCCGCGACUAGAGCGCAUACGAGAGCUGGUCGACCACGAAGGCAUCGGCUGGACGAAACUCACUGGUGCCGGAGGAGGAGGAUGCGCAAUUGCUCUACUCAAACCGGAGAUCCCUCGGGAGAGGAUGAGGCAACUGGAGGAUACGCUCGAGGAGGAGGGCUACAACCAAUUCGUGACUACCCUGGGCUGUGAUGGAGUCGGCGUCCUAUGGCCGGCGGUACUGAAGAACGGAAGCGAGGAUGAUUUGGGCGGGGAGGAGAUCGAUCAGGACAAAUUCUUGAAUGCAGAUGGCAUCGAAGGUGUCGAGGCGCUUGUUGGGGUGCAUGGGGAGUUGGGAGAAGAUAGAGAAGCCUGGAAGUUCUGGAGAGUAGAGGACUAG